UAUAACUACGAGGUGAAAAGUCGUGUGAUUUUGAAAAUGUUAGCUGCGGAUGAGCAUAAAUUUGAACGUCCGAAUACCAAAAUACGUCUCAAUUGCAAUUAUUGCAGUAAAAUUUUAUCAACUAAACAAAAUUUGAACAAUCACGUGAAUGGAGUUCAUUUGAAACUAAGGAAAUUUGUUUGCGAUAAUUGUGAACAGUCUUUUGUUACACAACAACGUUUGAAUAGACACGUUAUGAAUGUCCAUCAAAGAAUCAAAAAUUACUCGUGCGACAUGUGUGGAAAAGUUUUUGGUUAUAAGAGAAGCUUGGCUGAGCACAUUGCAACAGUUCAUGAAAAAAUCAAAGAUCACAAAUGCAAAGAGUGCGGCAAGUCUUUUGGAAAAAAGCCUAAUUUAAUGCAGCACAUUGAUGCAGUUCAUCUGGAACUCAAAGAACAUAUGUGUGAAGAGUGCGGCAGGUCGUUUGGAUAUAGAGUGAAUCUGAUGAGGCACAUAAAUGUAGUUCAUUUGCAACUUAGAGAACAGUGCGGAGAAUGUGAAAAGUCUUUUAGUUAUAAAAAAGACCUAGAUAGACAUAUGAGUAUAGUCCAUGAAAAAAUCAAAGAACACAAGUGUGAAGAAUGUGGCAAGUUUUUUGGACAAAAAAUUCACCUGAUGAACCACAUCAAUUCAGUUCAUAAAAAAGUUAAAGAUCAAAAAUGUUUUGAGUGUGGCAUUUCUUUUGGUCGAAAAAGUAAUCUUAUGGAGCAUAUAGAUGUAGUUCAUUUGAAGCUCAAGGAACACGUGUGUAAGGAAUGUGGCAAAUCUUUCUGUAGAAAAAGUAACUUAGAUCAACAUAUUACCACAGUUCAUAAAAAAAUUAAAGAUCACAAAUGUGGAGAGUGCGACAAGUCAUUCGGAUAUAAGGGUCAUUUAAUGCAGCACAUAGAUGCAGUUCAUUUGAAACUUAAAGAACACAAGUGCGAAGAGUGUGGUAAACUUUUUGGACGAAAGGAUCGGUUACUACUGCAUAUAGAUAUAGUUCAUUUGGAACUCAAAAAACACAAGUGCGGGAAAUGUGAAAAGUCUUUUGGUGCAAAAAGUGCUUUGAAUAGACACGUUACCUCUGUGCAUGAAAAAAUACAAGAUCCAAAUGCUUCGAGUGUGGCAAAUUUUUUGCACAAAAAAUUCAUUUGCUUAGACACAUAGAUGUUAUUCAUUUGAAAUUAAAGAACACUUAUGCAAAGAAUGUGGCAAGUCAUUUGGGCUUAGAAAGCACAAUGAUGCAAUAAUAAAACAAUACAUUUGUAAAGAUUGUGGAAAAGCUCAUAGUUGACAUAAGGAUUUGAAAAGACACAUAGAUGCAGUAAAUCGAAAAAUCAAUAAUUACUCACAAUGUUUUUCGAUUCUCUUGCAUUUUGUACAUAUACCGGAAGUGCCAGUGUUUUGAGAAACGAUUAAUUUUCGUGAAUGAUUCAUUCGUUUCGAUACUUAAUAUUUUUACCUCUUAUUAAUUAUAUUUUAAUAGCUUGAAAAUGACAAAAAAUUCAACCUUCUUAAAGUCAAUUCAGCUACUUAAAGAACACCAAAGUAUAUUAUUGUAAUCCGCAUUUCUGAUUCUUCAUAUUAUGAUUAUCAAGAUUUUCUCUAUUUUGACUUGUAUUUUUUUCAAAAUAUAUAAUAUAAACCAUUUUUCAUUGACA